AUGAGCAGUACCACAAAAGGCAAACCAAACGACAAUGGCCAAGAGGAAGAAGAAGACGACUACAUGAACAUGGUCUUCACGGACCCGACCCCCUCGGCGCCCGAGACCUCGUUGCAGCGCCGCCAGCGCGAGCGGCGCGAGGCGGCCGAGCGGGCGCGCCACAAGUCCAAGGCGGAGCUGGCAGCCGAGGAGGCCGACAAGCGCGAGGCGGCGCUGGCGCGGUCCCUCAUCCACGAUGACGCUGGCGGCGGCGGCACAGGACCCAAAGCAAAGAACAAGAGCAAGGGCCUCGCCAUGAUGGCCAAGAUGGGCUUCCGGGCGGGCCAGGGCCUCGGGGCCGCGGAGGGCCAGCAGGGCAGCACGGAGCCGGUGCGCAUCGUCGUCCGGGAGGACAGGGGCGGCAUCGGGCUCGACGGCGAGCGGAAGAGGAAGAUGCGCGAGGCGUACGGCGGCGACGGGGACGGAGGCGGCAGUGCGAGCAAGGUGGUGGUGGUGGUGGACGAGGGCGAGUACAGGGGCCGGGUCGCGCGGGAGCGCGAGGAGGCAAGGCUGGAGAGGGUGCUCGCGGCCGCGCAAAAGGUCGCUGAGAAGAUGGCUGACGAGGAGGACGAGGAGGCGGUAGGCGGCGACCACGCUGCCAGGACGAACCCCCGUCUGCUGAUGUCCGUCAACGUGCUCUGGCGCGGCCUGGUGAGGCAGCGCGAGGAGGCGGAGCGCGAGCGCAGGAUGCGCCACGAUCUACAGCAGAGCCUGUCGCGGCUGCCGACGUACGAGGACGACGACGAGGACGAGGAUGACAGGCGGGCGCUGGGCAAGGAAGGGAAAAAAUCGCUGGCAGUGUUUGAGGAUCUCGAUGAGGAGGAUCCUGAGCUGGACGAGUUCAACGCCAAGAGUGUUGCGGAGCGGUUGCAGAGUGUUGUCGACCACCUGAGGACUGCGCACCGGUACUGCUUUUGGUGCAAGUACAGAUAUCCAGACGAGGUGAUGGAGGGCCCAAAAUUCGUCAAAGUGCUACUGCGCAUCUUCUUGGUCAACAAGGAUAUCACCCAGCCCCAUCUCCUCCACAGCCCUAUAGUACUCCUCGUUGAACUCCUCGUCCGAGCUCACGUCUAUCUUUUGGUAGUAGUGGUCCUGCAAAAGGGCCAGCAGGACCUCGGCCUUUUGCUCCAGGGUCAGCUCGACCUGCUGCACGCCGGCCUCGCUCGCAGCCUCCUCUCCCGCGGCGUCAAACGCAGCCUGGAUGCGCUGGUUGACCUCGACCAGCUUCCUGUUGCUGCGGCUCAGGUCGGCCGUCUCAGCCAGCAGCUCCAGGCAGAUCAUGUGGCUCGGCGAGUAGCCAUAGACCUCCCACAGGGCGCGCAGGGCCACCAGCAAGCCGGUGUGGUCGCCACACUUGCGGAACGAGUGCAGCAUCAUGCGUGCCAGGGCGCCCCGCGGCUGCUCGUUGGGACCUUCAGCGCUAAAGGUCCAUGUGGAGCUGACCAUGCGCGAGAACAGAUCCCGGCAGAUGGCGAUCUCGUUGUGCCGGAUCUCGUCCGUCACGGCCGACCAGAACAGUCGGUUGACGGCGAGGGAUUUGUACAGGGCAAAGAAGGUCUCGAGGCUGGCCUGCGGAACAAAGUGCAACCCGAGCCCCUUUGCCACCUCGUCCUUGCUCUGUGGCGUCUGGAGCAGACGGAUCGGCCAGUCGACCAGCGCCUCCCGGCGGCGCAGCUCGACAAAGGUCUUGCGGGACUGGAUCAUCGCCCAUGCGAUCUGCUCGCCCUUUUCGAGAUGCUCGGCGACGCCGGAUCGCAUCAUGGCGCCAAUCAGCCCGUUCACUUGCACCUUGGCGGCCAGGAUGCCCUUGGUCUGCAUGAAUUUAAGCACGCUCAACGCGCCGUCCAGGUCGCCGGCGCCUAUCAGCCGCUUCAGCCACUUGCCCAUGAAGAAUUGAUUGGCGAUCUUGAGCGGCAGCCGCGUCUUGCCGCGCACGUCUAUGGCCCCCGAAAACAUCAUGUCGACAAAGACGUGGAACGCCGUCUCGGUCUGCUUGGCCACCAGGAGCGCCGCAAUGACCUCGUCGUAAUCCUCGAUCUUCAUGUCCUUGCCGAGCAUCUCCCGCAGUCGUCGGUACGUGUCCCAGGCCAGGUCCUGUCGAUCGCUGUCGCGCACGCAGGCUCUGAUGAAGUGCAGUAUGAAGCGCGGGCUGGACCGCGAGCCCUCCGGUAG